GUGAAUCUCCGCUUUAAAGGGUCCGGGUCAGCUGACCGACUCCCACGGUGUGUAGUCUAGCGGCCCGGGCUGAGGGGAGAGAUGACGGGGGAGCGACCCGGCACAGCGCUCCUGCGCAAACCCCGGGGACCGCGGAUGCUGGGCUUCUGGGGACGCUGUGCGGUUCAGGCGUUAGCCGCGGUCUUCCUGCUGCUGUUGUCUCCGGCAGAAUUCCGGACGAGGGCUAAGGACGACUUCGGUCUCGUGCAGCCACUGGUGACCAUGGAGCAACUGCUGUGGGUAAGCGGGAGACAGAUCGGCUCAGUGGACACCUUCCGCAUCCCGCUCAUCACAACCACUCCUCAGGGCACUCUCCUUGCCUUUGCUGAGGCCAGAAAAAUGUCUUCAUCUGAUAAAGGGGCCAAGUUCAUCGCCCUACGGAGGUCCAUGGACCAAGGCAGCACGUGGUCCCCUACAGAGUUCAUUGUAGAUGACGGGGAGACCCCCGACGGGCUGAACCUGGGGGCAGUGGUGAGCGAUAUUGAGACAGGAGUGGUAUUUCUUUUCUACUCCCUCUGUGCUCACAAGGCUGGCUGCCUGGUGUCCUCCACCAUGUUGGUAUGGAGCAAGGAUGAUGGCGUUUCCUGGAGCCCACCACGGAAUCUCUCCCUGGAUAUUGGCACUGAAAUGUUUGCCCCUGGACCAGGCUCUGGCAUUCAGAAACAGCGGGAGCCGAGAAAGGGCCGCCUCAUCGUAUGUGGCCAUGGGACGGUGGAGCGGGAUGGGGUCUUCUGUCUCCUCAGUGAUGACCACGGUGCUUCCUGGCGCUACGGGGUUGGGGUCAGAGGCAUCCCCUACGGCCAGCCCAAGCGGGAAAAAGACUUCAACCCUGAUGAAUGUCAGCCCUAUGAGCUCCCAGACGGCUCAGUCGUCAUCAAUGCCCGGAACCAGAACAACUACCACUGCCACUGCCGAAUCGUCCUCCGCAGCUAUGACGCCUGUGAUACCCUAAGAACCCGUGAUGUGACCUUUGACCCUGAGCUUGUGGACCCUGUGGUAGCUGCAGGAGCCGUAGCCACCAGCUCCGGCAUUGUCUUCUUCUCCAACCCAGCCCAUCCAGAGUUCCGAGUGAACCUGACCCUGCGCUGGAGCUUCAGCAAUGGUACCUCAUGGCAGAAAGAGAAGGUCCAGCUGUGGCCAGGGCCCAGCGGCUACUCGUCCCUGGCAGCCCUGGAGGGCAGCAUGGGUGGAGAGGAGGAGGCCCCCCAGCUCUACGUCCUGUAUGAGAAAGGCCGGAACCACUACACAGAGAGCAUCUCUGUGGCCAAAAUCAGUGUUUAUGGGAUACUCUGAGCUGUGCCCCUGCCACAGGGGUAGAAGGCCCGCCUAGCCACAGCCUUCAGGACCAGGGUCUGUAGAGGAUAUGCUAGCGGUGCCUAAAAGACAGUUCCAUCUUCCUUUAGGCUCCAGCAUUUUAUAAAUUCAACUUCCCGUUGAUGGGGAAAUCACUUCCGUUAUGACUAAAAGCCCAGCUUCCUCUGGGCAUGGGAAGUCCUGAGAACACUUCCUUUCCACGUGGCGGGUCUGGCCACCGGCCUUUCCGCCCUCCCAGGACAUGGAUUGGUCCUGUCGUAGGCCGGCUGGUGGGCCCGUAGAAUUUAAUAAAUGUGAACUCAGGGAACUGGGGAAGGCUGAGCUUCCUCUUUGGGGUUGAAGGAAGAUGCUGGUUUGAACAGGGCUGGUGAAAGUCCUUGGAGGACAGGAUAUUUGGUUUUGGGGUUAGGAAGUAGCACCACGCUCCUUGACUAUUUAUGAGCCAAAAUGUUUGUGACUUAAAGUUUUUAAUGAAAGAGAAUGAA